AUGGAACGCUUUGUCAGUGUUCCCUGUGGCUUGUACCAGGGAUAUGGGACCACCCUGCCUUUGGGCCAGACUGGACUUCCAGGGCACCAACAGCCUGACUGGUGGCAAAACAUGGGCCCUUCCACCUUCCUGGCCAGGCCGGUGCUGGUCGUUCCCUCCAAUGCCUCCGGCUACUGCAUGAACCCUUGCAAGAGGGCACAGCUUCAGUCCAUUCUUGCCCAGAUGAACCCCAACAUGAACCUGCGGCUGUGCAAGGCCAACACCAAGGAGGUGGGAGUGCAGGUGAGCCUGCGGGUGGACAAGUCUGUGCAGUGCUCGCUGGGGCCUCCCAUCCUGCACAGCCACUCACCCUGGGACAGCACCGGCCAUGGGGAGCCCCCGCCAGCAUGGGGAGUCUAUUCACCCAUGAUCGGCCGCAGGGGUUUGGUGCAGCUGCGGCUACAGGAGGAUGAGGAAGAUGGGGAGGGCAAGGCGCUUUCGAGCCCUGCUGAGGCCGGCCAGCAGCGGCCACCAAAAACAAAGUCAGAAGAUGACAGGCAGGAGGAACUUGGACAGCCUGAUGAGUUAGGGGAAGACGAUGCUGUGCGUCCUCGAGAAAGAAAGAGCAAGCAGGUACACGGAGACACAGCCUCUGACUGGCUCCAUAAGCCCAACUUCCAGCUUUUGGAACGAAAAUAUGGCUAUUUUCACUGCAGAGAUUGUAACACCAGAUGGGAGAGUGCCUAUGUGUGGUGCAUUUCCGGAACUAAUAAAGUUUACUUCAAACAGCUCUGUUGCAAAUGCCAAAAGUGUUUUAACCCUUACCGAGUAGAAGCAAUCCAAUGUCAGACCUGUUCAAAGUUUUGUUGUUCCUGUCCUCAAAAGAAAAGACACAUUGAUCUCAGGAGGCCUCAUCGACAGGAACUGUGUGGUCGCUGCAAAGACAAGAGAUUCUCCUGUGGUAAUAUUUACAGCUUUAAAUACAUCAUGUGA